CACUGCUCUCCAAAACUGUCUAUUCUGCUUUUCAAAUGAGUUCUUCUUGUCGGCGAAAAAUUUGCACGAUGAAUACCUAUUCAAUCGUCCAACUGCGAUUUCCCAUUUUUCUGCAGACAUCUAUCGAUUUGUGUCAGCCUUUACUCAUCAAGUCUGAUGUUAAAAGUAAUGUAUUUAGCAUCAAUGGAUAGAGAAUGUUGUGCUCUACACUUCCACAACAUUUUCCAGGCUCCUAGUGCUGUCUCUCAGGAGAAAAAGGCUUGAAGCUGACACUUGUCGAUAUUUUUGGGUGCACUUUGGAAAACCAUCUUUUCAAAAGCCAGGCUUGCUCUAUGAAAGAUUUUAUUCUCAUGCUGUCGGAUGUAGAAUUUAAUUCUGAACUGAGUAGUAUAACUGUUACAUUGAACCGUGAAAACAUUUUGAUUGUUUCUAACUAUAAAAGAACAGCGGCAUAGGUCUGUCAGAAAACGGUCUUUUUUCGGUGUUUUUACAUGUUUUACUUCAAAAGUUUUUGUCCCAAAUAUUUCUUCUGAAAUAUGUAUCCAAAGAUGUAGAAUUUUUUGGAGAAUUUUGAAGCAUACUUGAAAUUUUAGCGGAAACUUUAUUAAAAAUUUCUCAUCAUUUUUUGGGUUUUUUGACCGUCGUAGUUCGACGAUUGAGUAGGUAUUCAUCUUUCAAAUUUUUCGCCGACGAGAAAAUCUUAUUUGAAAAACAGAAUGGACAGUUUUGUAGAGCAAUGAAUUCUCUAUCAAGUCAGGUCCAAACUGGAUUUUAAAACCAUUUCAAAGUACCUCAAAGACAGCAAACAAAAGUGCCCCGUUUAAUCUGGCCCACCCGUUAUUGUGGAGUCACUUCAGUGUUCUUUUGUAGUGUAAUUUGAAAAAAUUCUUUAGAUUCUCUAUAAGAAAAAAACCGCUUUCGUGAUCAUAAGACCUAAUUGAUGCGAUACACAUUCGCAUGGGUCACAUAUGCAGAGAUUUUUAUAAAAUAGGAAACAUAUUCGGUAAAAUCCCGUCGUAUAUUAAUCGAAAAACCUUUUUAACUGUAUAUAUUCUUCUAGAAAUUCAGAAAUAUUUUUAUCAUAAAACAGCACAUUGAUAAUCGAAGAAAACAUAUCUAACUGUUUCUCUAUAAACUGUUUCUUUGCAGACAAUCGUAUUCCUUCAAGUUGGCUUGAAACUAAUGAUUAGGCUUGUAGUAUGUUUCACUAUGAACGAAUUUAUUCUAUACUAUUUCAACUAAGUGUUGCCAGUGAUAGAUUGUAUUCUUUAGAAAAAAAAAAGUGUAAGUGUCCUAUUAGACAUUUGUACCAAGAUGUUAGGGUAUGUUGACUGUAUUGUUCAAAGAACACUUUUAUUGCCAACGAUCGUCUUCUUUUUUCUUUUCAUAGGGUAUUAUCCAUUUCUUUUGCAUUCUAUGCGUGUGUGAUAGGUGAAGUCUACUUGUUUACUAACGAUGUACGGAGUAAAAAUGAAUUGAAAGUAAGGAUUUUUCGUGAGACGAUCAAUAUAAUAUGACUUUUUGAGGGACUUAAUAGAAGACAUUAGUUGUAACUUAUGAACGAUAAGACAAAAUAGAAGAUUUCGAGUCUCCUAAUGUAUCGAGGGCUUUAUUUGAAGAUGAUAUCUACUCUGCAAAAUGACUGAGUUGUGACCGAGCGUUACUUUGCGUUGAGAAGACAAAAAUCGGAAAAAUGAACCGUUUUUCUUGCGAUUAACUUUAGAAAAUUUUUUACUAUACUUCAAAAGUUUGUAUAAAAUUUAUCGUUGUGUUAAGCAUUAUUUCCUGUCUGUUCCAAUAUAUAUUCCAUAAAAAAUUUUGUGGCCUUUUUGGAACAGAGAUCUGAGAAGCAGUUAAAAUAAUUAUCAUUUAUAUUUUUUUACUGAACAUGUAAACAAUUCGUUUUUUUACUUGUUGUGAAUUUACUGGAGUACGUCUAGAGUUGACCAUCAAACCACUAGCACUAAACUGACGUUCGACAUUAGCUGUAGUUACUGGAAUUGAAUCAAGUAAUCAAACAAGUUUUGAUAAAACAGUAUGGAUAAAUCAUCAAAUCUCAUAUUGUCUUGCUGUUGAAAAUCUUGCCACGUUCCACAGCAUAGCGAUAUAACUUGGCGAUUUCCGAAUCUCAGGUCUGGAAAACGUUUCAUUUCAGUCUUUGUAAUAUUUCAAUAGUCAAAAGUCAUAGAAAAAUUCGAAAUAGUAUAUUUUGAGAAAUCACAAAAUUCUGAUUGUAAUACAUUACUUCUUACUGUUUUGCAAUACAAUUAAAUGUGCGAAAAUUAGUCAAACAUUUUGUCUGACAAUGUUCAACCCACCCCUUAAUUAACGUUGUUUAUUUUCUAGCGUUGUUAUGUAUGUCAUGAUCCAUUUGAAAACUUUUUUGAUGAUAAUCGUGAAGAAUGGUGUUUAAAAGAUGCUAUGCGAGUAGAUGGAAAAACUUAUCAUCCAAUCUGUUAUCAAGAUGUUCAAUAUCAGGAAACACAUGAAAAACCAUCCGUAUCAUCUAAUAAUGAUCAUUUUGCAUUACAUGAAACUAUUACAGAUGAAACAAGUAAUCAUUCAAUAGAUUCUCAAAAUUUUGAUCAUGCAAUGGCUACUGUUAAUAUCAAAUCAGAAAAUGACGAUAGAGUUGAAAAAGAUUUAUUAUUAUCAUCAUCAUCUGAAGAAGAAGAUUCAACGAAACCAAAUUAUCUUUCAUCAAUGUCAUUUGUUAAUCUUGUCGAAACAAUAUUUGUUAAAAAAGAAGAUCUUAAACCAAUUGAAAAUAUUGAACCUGUUACAAUAGUUGUUAAAGAAGAAUCAUUAGAUACAGCAACAAUAUCUGAAGAAAUUCCAUUUCUAUCAAUUAAACCUGAAAAUGAAUGUGAAUUUUUAAUUAAUAAAAAUUCAGGUGGGAUUGGAACGAUUUCGGAUUAA